AUGCCUUCCCUGCCCAGCUCCAAUGGCAGAAGCCCUGCAGCUGGAAGAACCAGGAGGAUUGUCCUUGAUGCCCAGGAAAUAAUGCAGCCCAGUUGCACUCCUGGAUGCAGCCUGGGACCUCGCACACGGAACCUGGCCCGGUCCGGAGCCCCACCCCCACCUCCUAGCGUUCACCCAGCCCUAGAGGCGGCCAAACCUUUAUCCCCGAAGCCCAGAGCUCCCCGCCCCCCACCCUCCACCCCCAGCCCGAGCGCUCCUCCCCGACGCCCCAUUCCCGGCCUCCGCCUCCACUUUCCCCUUUGCGCAUCCCUUCGGCUGAUGCACCCGCUCGGCUGCACCCCCUCCAGCCCCACUCACUCUGCUCCAGUCCCCUCCAGCCCGGCGCCUCCCCCAGCAGCCCCCACCUCCUUCCCCGCCCCGCCUCUAGCCCCAGGAGUCUCCCAGUUCGGCCACCGGAGGCCGCCCUUCUGGACUCACCGUGCGGGGCCGGAGGUCGAGGGCCCGGGAAGGGUGCCCGGGGCGGGGGUCGCUGCAGCUUCAGCAGCUGUAACAACACCGCGGAGGCAGCCACCCCGCUGGCAGCCCCUGCCGAAUCAGGGCCCCGCGCCGGAGCCGGUGACGUCACCGCCCAGCGCCGGCCCGCCGGAUGCCUCCUGGGAGUUGUCAGAAUUUUUCCGCUACACCUCACUACCUCCGCCCUGGCCGAAGAGUGGCUCCUCCAUAAACGAACUAGCCCGUUGCCCUGCCGAGCCUGCGUGGAAGCGGGCUUUUCACGACGACGGUUACGAUGAGAGUCUGGAGGGCAGAGAUCGCAGCCUGUGGACAGCAUCCUACUCCACUCCAGGACUAUGCCAAUCUGUGGCCAUGCUCCCACCAGGCAGUCACCUCCUGUCCCUCUUGCUGGUAAUAGGCACAAGGAGUACUGUGCCCAGCCCCUGGGUACCUCCCCAGGGAUGCUACGUGGCAGAGGAAGCCGGUGAGCGGACCUUCCGCUGCAGCCAGGCAGGCCUGAGUGCUGUGCCCCCAGGCAUCCCCAACGACACCCGCAAGCUCUACUUGGAUGCCAACCGGCUGGCAUCAGUGCCAGCUGGUGCCUUCCAGCACCUGCCUGUUCUGGAGGAGCUGGAUCUAUCCCAUAAUGUCCUUGUCCACCUCUCAGGGGCCGCUUUCCAGGGCCUGGCUGGGACGCUGCGCCACCUCGACCUCUCUGCCAACCAGCUGGCCUCAGUGCCUGUGGAGGCCUUCAUGGGGCUGCAGAUCCAAGUGAACCUGUCCGCCAACCCUUGGCGCUGCGACUGUGCCCUCCAGGAGGUGCUUAGGCAGGUGAGGCUGGCACCGGGCACUGGGACAGGCAUCGUGUGUGGCCCGGGAGCCCGACCAGACCUCGUGGGGCAGGAGUUCCUGCCACUGGCAGGGGAGGAAGAACUGUGUGGGACGGGGCGGGGCGGGGCCCGGCGGAGCACUGACGUGGCCCUGCUGGUCACCAUGGGGGGCUGGUUGGUACUUGUGGUGGCUUAUCUGGUCCACUACGUGUGGCAGAACCGGGAUGAGACCCGACAUCCCCUCAAGCGAGCCCCUUUGUUGCCCGUGCGCUCCGAGGACUCCUCCACCCUCAGCACAGUGGUCUGA